AUGGAGCGCGUCACCAACGUGCUGUGCGGCAGCCCGCUGCCGGCGCCGCUCGCCCCCAACGCCCCCGAGAAGCCGUCCCGGCUGCUGUGCAAGGCGGGCAGGGUGUCCGUCGAGGUGUCGCCGCGCUCGGGGCCCGUGCCGCCCCCGCGCAGGCUGGCACCGCAGAUCAACACGCCGACCACGUGGGAGCAGCUGCUGCUGGACGACCGCUUCGGCAACCGCCUGCUCGAGUACCUGUCGCCGGGGGAGAAGCGCGUGCUGGCGCAAGUGUGCCCGCGGUGGCGGGACCUGCUGUACCGGUCGCCGCGCCACUGGGCCGGCCUGCUGCCCGUGGUCCGCUGCGCCGAGCUCAGGCCCUGCACGCAGCAGGAGCGCGACCGGCUGUACGUGUCGCUGGUGCGCAGGGGCUUCCACGCAGUGUGCCUGCUCGGCGCCACGGACGAGGACGCCCUGGACCUCGUGGCCUCCUUCCCCGCCGCCUCCAAGCACAUCCAUUCCCUGAGCCUGCGGUGUUCCGCCGUCAGCGACCGCGGCCUCGAAGCGCUGCUUGACCACCUGCAGGCGCUGUUCGAGCUGGAGCUGGCGGGCUGCAACGAGGUGACGGAGGCGGGGCUGUGGGCGUGCCUGUCGCCGCGCCUCGUCUCGCUCACCCUCACGGACUGCAUCAACGUGGCGGACGAGGCGGUGGGCGCCGUGGCGCAGCUGCUGCCCUCGCUGUACGAGUUCUCGCUGCAGGCGUACCACGUCACGGACGCCGCGCUCGGCUUCUUCUCCAACAAGCAGGCCGAGAGCCUCACCGUGCUGCGGCUGCAGUCGUGCUGGGAGCUCACCAACCACGGCGUCAUCAACAUCGUGCACUCGCUGCCCAACCUGACGGUGCUCAGCCUGUCGGGCUGCAGCAAGGUGACGGACGAGGGCGUGGAGGUGAUCGCCGAGAACCUGCACCUGCUGCGCUGCCUGGACCUGUCGUGGUGCCCGCGCGUCACGGACGCGGCCCUGGAGUGCAUCGCCUGCGACCUCAACCAGCUGGAGGAGCUCACCCUGGACAGGUGUGUUCACAUCACGGACAUCGGCGUGGGCUACAUCUCCACCAUGCUGUCGCUGAGCGCGCUGUUCCUGCGCUGGUGCUCGCAGGUGCGGGACUUCGGGCUGCAGCACCUGUGCGGCAUGCGGAACCUGCAGGUGUUGUCCCUCGCAGGGUGCCCGCAGCUCACGUCCAGCGGGCUGUCCAGCUUGAUUCAGCUUCGCCACCUCCAGGAGCUGGAGCUCACCAACUGUCCCGGCGCGUCCCAAGAGCUGUUCGAGUACCUCCGGGAGCAUCUGCCCCGCUGCCUGGUCAUCGAGUAGACCGCGCCGACGGAGCCCCAGACGCGCGGAUCGCGGACGCUGUCCAACCUCACGCCAAACACCGAGACCGAGGGUCCCGAGAGGCCUCCCCGUCGCACGCCGGGCUUUCGCGUCCGGACGGGCCCCUUUUCGUUUCUCUCUUCUCUUAUUUUUCUUCUUUACUGACGGAACAAAUUGUGUUAUAGCUGUGAUACAUCAGGAGUGGCAUGUGCGUGGCGUGCACCGGCUACUUCACCAUUAAUUGAAAAAAAAAAGUUGAAGAAAAAAAAGACAUUCUUCCAAAGAGUAGUAGUGAUGAUAAUGUGCGAGUGUAUGUGUGCGUGAGCGUGUGUUGAUUGAUAUAGGCAUAACUUUGUACCUGAUGGAUUGAGAUGUGGUCGGGAAUUCACCCCGUUCUACAGAAUUUUUUUUUUCGCACUGACAUCAAAAAGUUGUUUUUUUGUUUCUCUGUUAAAGUUCUUUGUUGAUUUUACAACAUGCUGACAAUAUGAAGAACUAAGCCCAGAUGCAGUCAUCACAUUUUUAACUGUUAACUUACCAAAUUAACGACAAGCAUCAAAUACCUGUAUGAAAUGUGUUGUUAAAAAAUUGUAGAAAAAGAUAUCUACUGUAUCUGUAAAAUAUAGAAACCAGUUGUUGUGUGUUUUUGUGCACAAUAAGUCAAAUGGAAAACAAACAGCAAUGUGAGGAGAAGCAAAUGUGUGCUAAGCGAUAAUUCUUUUAUCUUGGGUUUAUCAAUUUUAGAGCAUGACAGCUUAUACUCUCUAUUCUCCACAAGGAGGAGAAUAAGAUUAAACAAGAAACAACAACAACAUUUGCAACCCCAUUCUGUGUUAUAGAUAGAAAACGGAGGAUGGCUGAUAAAAAGGGAUCAUGCAAGGACCCGUACAAUUUUGCUGCAAAAAUCUCCAUUUGAAAACAUGUUGCUGUACCUCUAAUCAUCCUAACCAAGAGAGUGAUUUAUUCUGACUUCAAAUAUACGUCCUCCAUAUGAACUGUAGGUUAACUAUAUAUUGUGUUUGUAGGUAUUAGUACACUAGUGUAAUAGUGUAAAGAUUCUAUCAAGUGCAGUGUCCAAUAAAUAGGGUUGGCAAAAAAAUUUAAUAUCAUAACUUGGAGUAACAUUAUAUUAAAGUAAGGGUAUGGGGCACCUUCUGUACCUUGUCCUUUUUUGGAAUCUUUUAUAACAUAUCGUGUGAGUACCUACAAACAAUGAUUUUUUGGGAAAUUAAAUUGGCAGCCGAGGCUUAAUUGGAAAUGGUCACUCAUCCUUAUCUCUCUGAUGUUGCUCCAAGAAGUUUUCUUAUGGGCAAUACAAGGAACAAAAAGGUGCAGCAGAUUCUGAUCACUUUUGUGAGGAACUAGUGACAUUUAGACAACAAGAAACACUUUUUGUCAGGACAAACAAUACGUAUUAUUUUCCCUUUAGUCUUCUGCUUAGAUCUUCUCUUCAUUUAACUGAUACUUUCAAGACUGAAAGAUAAUAAUGUUGCAGCCCAAAUAUUGUUUGGUGAAAAAGUGGGCACCUCUAACUUCUCAAGAACAAUUUUUGUCUUCUUGCUUCCAAAGAAAUUUGAGGUGAGAUAUCAUUCAAAGUGGGUUUUAGUUUCAUAUACUUUAUUGGGGGGGAAAAUUUCAUCUUCUUUAAUUUCACUGACUUCAGAGGCGUGUGUUACUUUUAUUGCCAGUGUGAACGUCAUCAGCUAAUUUUCAAUGCCACUUUAUAGGUGUGAAAACAUGUUGACUGUUGACAUGUUGGAAAGAAAGGCAAAGUCAUGCAGAGGGGAGCAGCAAGAUUCAUGUAAAUAUAACACCCAUCUUAUACCAAAAGUAUUUACUUCCUUCAUUGUAGAUGAAAAUUUGCAAUGCCCCUGUAGACAUUGUGAUGACUUGAUCUUUCCCAACUAUAUCCCUCUCAUUUUACAAUUAGUAAGGAGUAAAAUAAUAUUCCCCUCCAUGUAGAAUUUUAAAAAUUGAUUGUUUUUUGACUACUUGUAAAAAGGCAAGGCAUUUGUGAUUUCUUUUAAAGAGGUCUGAAGUAAGUAUGAAAGUCUCCAGCAAACAUUAAUGAAGAAAAAUAUUAAAAAUGUACAUAUGUACGUGCAUUAUUUUUUCAUGGAGAAAAAUAAACUUGUAACAUAGAAAGCAUAUCUGAAAUCAUGUACUUCAAACGAAGAGUAUGAUUUGUGGUUUCCAAAGAUAUUUUCAUAGUUGUUCGAAGUCCUAGUAAUUAAGAAAUGGCUAUUGUACUUCACUUCACUUCUCCACAUCAAAAUAUAUACUCAAGCAAGUUUUCCAAACCAAUUUUAUGCAAGACAGUCUCAUUUGAUAUUGUUUCUUUAUAUCCCUUUUCUCUUCUAAGGCCUUGUAAUUGCUCAGUUAAAGUCUACUUAUGUUGAGUGCUCUCAAUAGAACGACUAUUACUCGUUAGUAGAGGGGAAACAGAUUGUUAUCAAUGAUAAAGUGAAUGAGUGAGUCUAAUGCCAGUCUAGAGAGAAUGGAGACCACAGUAUUCAUUGGAAAAUGCAUUUCUGGAGACUUGAUUAAACUCACAAGUAAAAACAGCAGAAAUCUUAAGAAGAAUUUUGAAUUUGAAUGGAAUGAAAAUUAUUUUGAAAGAUAUUGUUUUGAUUACAAAAACCCACCCCUCCCACCAACAGGAAAACAAACUUCCCGAACCAGAACACUGAAAAGGUUGUUUCCUGCCAAUGCUGUAAUAAUGUUUAUCACUACUUGGUGGGAUAUAUUGCUACUGAUUGGUCCCUAUGGCUAUGGCUUAACAACCCCAAAUGCCUAAGUUGUCCUUCAACCUCAUAAUUGAACAAUCAGUGACAUCAGACAAAUCUAUGUGAAGAAUAAUUGCCAUGCAACCAGCAAAUUAUAUUGACGACUGCUUUCCUUUAUUGUUACUCUACUUCGUGAAAUGUUUCUGUCUCCCUUAUCAACGACCAUGUAAAAAUUUGUACAAAACAAGUACUAUAGAUACAUAGAGAAAAAAAAGAGCUGAGUACCAAAUUGUUUUUGGGAAAAUAAACCAAUAAAUACAUCCCUUAAUGUAAAUCUAUUAUUAA